AUGAAGGUCACUUCUGCUGAAUUGAAACGUCUACAAAAAGACCCAUCAAGCAUAAGGAACAUUUGUAUCUUGGCCCAUGUCGAUCAUGGUAAAACAUCAUUGAGUGAUUCUUUAUUAGCAAGUAAUGGUAUCAUUUCUCAAAGAUUGGCUGGUAAAGUGCGAUACUUAGAUUCAAGACCAGAUGAACAACUUCGAGGAAUCACAAUGGAGUCAUCUGCUAUUUCGUUAUACUUCAGAGUUUUACAUAAACAAGAAGAUGGUGAAGUGUUAGCAAAAGAACAUUUAAUCAACUUGAUUGAUUCACCGGGCCAUAUUGACUUCUCAUCAGAAGUCUCCACUGCAUCAAGAUUAUGUGAUGGUGCUGUUGUUUUGGUUGAUGUUGUUGAAGGUGUCUGCUCUCAAACAAUCACCGUAUUAAGACAAUGUUGGAUUGAUAAAUUGAAACCAAUAUUGGUUUUAAAUAAAAUUGAUAGGUUGAUUUCAGAACUAAGGUUGUCACCAGGUGAAGCAUAUACCCAUUUAUCUAAAGUUAUUGAGCAAGUCAAUGUUGUUAUUGGUUCAUUCUACUCUGGUGAAAGAAUGCAAGCAGAUUAUUUGUGGAGAGAAAAACAAGAAAAAGAUGGGGCUGAUCUACAGGAGGAAUAUGUUGAAAAAGACGAUAAAGAUAUUUAUUUUGAUCCAGCUCAAAACAAUGUUAUCUUUGCGAGUGCAGUUGAUGGUUGGGGUUUUAACAUUGGUCAAUUUGCUAGAUUCUAUGAGGCAAGAUUAGGUACUAAAAGAGAAAACUUGCAAAAAGUCUUAUGGGGUGAUUUCUAUCUUGACCCUAAAACAAAGAAAAUCAUUUCACAUAAAGGAUUGAAAGGUCGUACUUUGAAACCAUUGUUUGUUUCAUUAAUAUUAGACAACAUAUGGAAAAUUUAUGAGAAUAUACUAAUAGAAAAGAAUGUUGAAGUUUUGGAAAAAAUCAUCAAGACCUUGAACAUCAAAAUCCUACCAAGGGAUUUAAGAUCAAAGGAUAACAAAAAUCUUUUAAACCAAGUCAUGGGACAAUGGCUGCCUGUAUCUUCAGCUGUUUUGUUAACAGUCACUGAAAAACUACCAUCACCAUUAUUUUCACAAGAGGAAAGAAUCCCAACCAUUUUGGAAUCUGCUCCAAAUCAUGAACUAAUAGAUCCCGUGUUGAAAAAAGCAAUGUUGAGCUGUGAUAAUACUGGGCCGGUGAGUGCCUAUGUUUCAAAGAUACUUUCAAUUCCAGAAGACGAACUUCCUCGUAAUCAAUCUACAAUGACACAAGAUGAAAUUAUGGAAAGAGGAAGAAAAGCAAGAGAAUUAGCGGCACAAGCUGCAGAACAUGCAAAACUCUAUGGAGAUGAUAAAAAAGCCGAUGAAAUCGAAGAAUUGGCUGCAAAUUUGGAUGAAUUCUCUAUCACUGGAAAUGGAAAUGUCGCUACUGCUACAACUGCUGCUGCUGAUCCAUAUGGAAUGUUCGAGUACGAAGAGGAAGAAGAAGAGGAAGAGGAAAUUGAAUUGACUCGUGAAGAGUUGAUCGGUUUUGCAAGAGUUUACAGUGGUACCUUAAAAGUUGGUCAAGAAUUGACAAUUUUAGAGCCAAAAUAUGAUCCAACAAAUCCAAAUGAGCAUAUUCAAAAGGCCACAAUCACUGAGCUUUAUUUAUUAAUGGGUAAGGAAUUAGUUCCCUUGGAUGAAGUUCCAUCUGGUAAUAUCGCUGGUAUUGGUGGUCUUGCUGGUAAGAUUUUGAAAAAUGGUACAUUGAUCGAGCCAGAUGUUGUUGGUGUGAACUUGGCUGGUAUAUCAUUACUAUCACCACCAAUUGUUAGGGUUGCAUUGGAACCUGUCAACCCAACACAAAUGGACAAAUUAGAAAGAGGUUUACAGCUGUUGAAUCAAGCUGAUCCUUGUGUUCAAACCUUUUUGGAAGAUACAGGUGAACAUAUUUUAGCUACUGCUGGUGAAUUGCAUCUUGAGCGUUGCUUGAAGGAUCUAAGAGAAAGAUUUGCUGGUAUUGAAAUUCAAGCUUCAGAGCCCGUCAUUCCAUAUCGUGAAACUUUCAUUGAAACCCCGGAAAUGAACCCUCCAAAGAAUCAAGAAUUAGGUAGGGGUGUCCAAACCUUUGAAUUAGGUACUGUUUCCGUUAAAUUGAGAUCUAUCCCAUUACCUCAACCUGUUAUUGACUUCUUAAUUGAACAUCAGUCAUCAAUCAACAAGUUUGUUAAUGCUAUCAAUAAGCGUCUCACAACAACAAUCUUGGAUGCUGAAAGUUUCAAACAAAAAUUACAACAACUAUUGGAUCAAGAUGAAAAACAUGGUGAUAUCUGGAAAAACAUUGUUGAACGUGCCAGUGCAUUUGGUCCAAAACGUUCAGGUCCAAAUAUUCUAUUUGAUUCAAGCACCAAAUCAAUCAGAAGACUCUUUGAAACUUCUGAAGAAGCUGACCAAAAAAGGUUUAGAUUUGAAAAUAGUAUCAUUAACGGUUUCCAAUUAGGAACAUCCAAUGGACCAUUAUGUCACGAACCAAUACAAGGUAUUGCAGUUAUUGUUGAGGAAAUUGAAGAGAAGGAAGCAACAGACGAAACACCAGUUAUUCCAAACUUAUUGGGAAGAUUGAUAACUACAACAAGAGAUACUAUUCAUCAAACAGUGUUAGAUUGGUCUCCUCGUAUUAUGUUGGCAAUGUAUACAUGUGACAUCCAGGCGUCAGCAGAAGUUCUCGGUAAAGUGUAUGCAGUUGUUCAAAGAAGACGUGGUCAUAUUUUAAGUGAAGAAAUGAAAGAAGGUACACCUUUUUUCCAAAUUGUUGCAAGAUUACCAGUUGUUGAAGCUUUUGGUUUCUCUGAGGAUAUUCGUAAGAAAACAUCUGGUGCUGCAUCCCCACAAUUGGUGUUUUCUGGUUUUGAAGCCAUUGAUGAAGAUCCUUUCUGGGUUCCAACAACUGAAGAAGAAUUAGAAAAGUUAGGAGAAUGGGCAGAGCGUGAAAACAUAGCCAGAAAGUACAUGAACACCAUCCGUAAAAGAAAAGGUUUGUUUGUGGAAGAAAAGGUUGUUCAAAAUGCAGAGAAACAAAGAACGUUGAAACGUAAUUAG